GCCGGCGCCGACCGCGCCAUUGUUGGGGGAGGGGGUGGGAGCGGAGUCCCGGACGAGCCGAGGCGCAGGCGGCGGCCGAGCGGAGCGGACGCGCCCCAUGGGGAACACGCUGACCUGUUGCGUGUCCCCCAAUGCCAGCCCCAAGCUGGGCCGGCGCGCGGGGCCGGCGGAACCCGACUACGAGUCCGAGAUCUACGAGGCGGCGGCCGGGGACGCGGUGGCGGUAGCGCCCGCGCCCGCUGCGGCCGUGGAGCCCGCCGACUUGGAUUUCGGAGCCGGCGAGGGCCACCACCUGCAGCACAUCAGCGACCGAGAGAUGCCCGAAGAUUUAGCUUUGGAAUCCAACCCUUCUGACCAUCCCAGGGCAAGCACAAUUUUCCUCAGCAAAUCUCAGACAGAUGUGCGUGAAAAGAGGAAGAGCAACCAUUUAAACCAUGUAUCUCCAGGGCAGCUUACUAAAAAGUAUAGCUCAUGCUCAACAAUAUUUCUAGAUGACAGCACAGUCAGCCAGCCUAACCUUAGAACCACAAUAAAAUGUGUGACCUUAGCAAUAUAUUACCACAUAAAGAACAGAGAUGCAAAUAGAUCCCUGGACAUUUUUGAUGAGCGAUCACAUCCACUCACAAGAGAGAAAGUUCCAGAGGAGUACUUUAAGCAUGACCCUGAACACAAAUUUAUUUACAGAUUUGUUCGUACACUUUUUAGUGCUGCACAACUGACAGCCGAAUGUGCAAUAGUAACAUUGGUUUACUUGGAGAGACUUUUAACUUAUGCUGAGAUCGACAUUUGCCCCACUAACUGGAAAAGAAUUGUUUUGGGAGCCAUUCUUCUUGCCUCCAAGGUUUGGGAUGAUCAGGCUGUAUGGAAUGUGGACUACUGCCAGAUCCUCAAGGACAUUACAGUUGAGGACAUGAAUGAGAUGGAAAGGCAUUUCUUGGAGCUACUCCAGUUCAAUAUUAAUGUUCCUGCCAGUGUUUAUGCCAAAUACUACUUUGACCUUCGCUCCUUAGCUGAUGACAACAACCUGAAUUUUCUGUUUGCUCCUCUCAGCAAAGAAAGAGCUCAGAACCUAGAGGCCAUUUCAAGAUUGUGUGAAGACAAAUACAAAGACUUGUGUAGAGCUGCUAUGAGAAGAUCUUUAAGCGCUGAUAAUUUCAUUGGUAUUCAGCGCUCUAAUGCCAUCCUCUCUUAAGGGAGAGGCAUGAGGAGUGAGAACACCAAGGGACUCCUCAUUGACAAAGACUGGAGAAGUAGCACCUCUCCUGGUCAGAGACCAGCACAGGUGGGACUCCACCGAAUGCGAAGACCUCAAAUUCAAGAGACUCUGGACAGUGACUGCUGACUCCAUAGGAAAGAAUGGGACCUUGUCAAAGCAACCACUCUCUGUCCUUUGUAAUGUAAACAGUUACAAAAACUACUCCAAAGCAAAAGCUCUGACCACACACAGAUAUUGCUUACCAUGUAGGCCAAUGGCUGUGAAAUAUGUGAGGUUUUUAAAUUGUUUCAAUUUUUAGACUUUUGUUUGAGACAGGGUCUUAUGUAGCCUGGGCUAGCUUCAAACUACAGGCUAGCCUCGAACUCCUAAUCUUCCUGCCUCUACCUCCCAGUGCUGGGAUCACCAUGCCUGGCUCAGACUUUAGACUUUAAAGACACUAACCAUAUAACUUGUUUUUCUUGCCCCUCUCUCAACUGCUGCAUAUGCUUUUAGAAUUGAUUCAGUAUUACCAUUAAAACAUGAGACUCCUUCCCAUUUUUGUGGUGCUGGGAAUCAAACUGAGGACUUAGCGUGUGCUCGGUGAGCAUUUGACCACUGAGCUACACUCCUCAGCCCCAAGCAUGGGAUACUUAACACUCAUGAAACCAUCUAGGAGCAGAUUGUAGCAUCAUUAGGUAUUAAAAGUUCUCCUUCUGUGUCAUCAAAGCUGCUAGUCAUUAUUGGCAAUCAGUUUAAAUUACCAAAAAGCUGCUGGGUAACACUCGCCAUUGGUAUUCUUUGCAAGCUCUGCUUGCUAGUGUUUUUUGGUAUGUUUGGAACCGUAAAGGGAAAGUAUCAGUUGUUGACUUCUGUUGGGUCCUCAGUGCAUUUCCUGUGAACUAUUAAUGGUGCUUCUCAUUUUCAGAUGAUUUUUCUCACUUUUAAAUGUGUAUUAAAAGAUAUUUUCAUAAUGCCAAACAACAUAGUGGUCCAGUGAUCAUGAGCAAAUAGCAAAAAUACAAGGUAUCCCCAAAAUUAGUGAUGCUUUACACUUAAUGUUCUGUGCCUGGGCUCUCUGGGAACACUGCAUCAGAAGUAUAAAAGCCACAAACUUUCACAAAAACAUCAUUUGAAAAGUUUUAAUUUACUAAUUUGAAAUAAUUAAGCUUCUAAUUUUCUCUUGAAGAUUGCAAACUAUGAACCAAAAAAUUAAAACUAAAGGCUUGAUAUUCCAAAUUUGGGGGGAUUAAGUUGAAAAGGUAAAGUAAAACACUUAAAUAAUGUUUCAUUAGUUUGUAGCGUUUAUAACUCUACAAGCGUCAGAGUUUAAACCUGCACUGAGAUCUGGGAACUGCUGUGUAUUCCCAUGGAAACACUCCUUUUUUUCCAGUCUGUCUUUGCCAGGCUGGGCUCUAACUGCUUUGAUCACCUAAGUGUCUUUACAUUCAGUUAAGGGAGGUUAUGAAGAGCACUGUUAACACAUAUAGUACAUGGAAAAGGAAUCAGAUCCUCAAACAGGUGAAAUGAGCAAUUAAAAAAAAAAAUAUUACCCUGCAUGUUUGCCUGGGUACACAUGUCUUCUAAACUGCACCUAGGAGCCCUAAAGAAAUCUAACCCAGGCAAUUGCUUGAGUGCAGGUGUCUUGUACACUGCACCCAGGAGUCCUAAGCACAGGCCUUAAAAGGCGGGGAGGAAAUGAUUAGGAAAAUGAUGACAGCAGCACCUAAAUUUGAAAUAAUAGAAAAUUUGUGUUUUCAACUACGUGCAUUCUAUUUCUUCUCACAUGUAACUGGGAGUCUUACCUGUAAACAAGACCGUUGUGGGCCAAGAAUACUUUCUCUUACAAUGCUUCCUUCACACGCUCUCAAGUGCUGCCGGGUUCAUCAUUUUUUAAAGGACAGACAUAAAUGUUAAGGAAGGAUGUAUGAAAUAUUACAAUCUACCACCUCAAAAACACAUUGUUAUGGAGUUCAGAGCUUAGAGAUUCAAGUGUUGAUUGCAGUUUUAUUUUGAAAAGAAUGCUACAACUAAACGUGGUUUUUCUUUCUCAUGUUUAUAUUAAAAGAAAAGCUAAUAAAUUCUAUUUUAAUUAAAA